CAAUCCUUAAAGAGGAAAUGGAUUUUUUUUUUGCAGAUGAAAUGAAACCAGAGUAUUCAGUGAGGUCAUGGACAGUAAAACUCCGAAGAGUCCACCUCCAAUGGCGAAAUGAAACCAGAGAAUUCAGAGAUAUGGGUCAUUUUCAACUCAUUUAUUGGGUUACUUAUCCCAAAGGCAACGACUGUUUUGGCAAUUAAAUACUUCCAAUCUGAAUCUGUAGUUAAAAAAGUUAGCCCUUUUUGGUGACGAUUUGAUUUCAAAUAUAAAAACAGAAUUUUAAUUUGCACUCCAAUGACCAUUCUAAUCCACGACAAAAUUCUAACUCAUGCCACCCUUGGGACUUGGGACUUGGGACUUGGGAGUCAUCGGUUAGAUGCCUCUCUGGUCUCUGUCUUCUCCCACUAAACUUUCUUAUUUGGGUGUGUGCGUCUCUCUCACCUUACGCUGUUGAAGAAACCAAAAGAGUGUGAGAAUAUUCCCAAUCGAUCGAGUUUCUAUCAACGUGCAAUCUGGAAAUCAUUUUGACACAAUCCCGAUGUAGAUAUCUUCUGCUCUUCAAGGUAACAAGUAGUAGUUCUUUUCAUCUCUUCCCCAUACGAAUUGGCUGUUCUGCAGUGGAUCUUUUACACUUCUUCCUUAUGUAUCUUCGGGCUUGGGUUUUGUUCUAUUGUAGAAAGAAGAGGUUCCUGUAAAUCAGUAACUGUAUCUGGUUAUUAUUUAUAUGACUUGGACUGAAGUGGGUUUUGCUUCAAAUGGUUGUUCUGGUUCAUGGGUCUGAUGUAUUCGUAGUAAGUAUUCUGGGGAGUUGAUGUGGUGCUUGCGGAAAAGUGCUUUCUGGGUUAUCAGUAAAUGAUUCUUGUCUGUUGUGAGGUAUCGGUAAAGUUUUGAAUUUUUCGUGUUGAUGAACAUGGAGAGGGUGCCAUGGUUCUACUGUUGCUGUAUUUUCUUCUUCUGAUAUCGGGUUUAUUAAACCUCCCCAAAGCAGCAUGAAGAACCUUCUAAAGAAGCUCCAUAUCGUGCCCAACCAGGCAGAAGGGUCUGAGAGGUCUACAUCUUUGAAGGGUAAUCGGUCGAAUGAUGAUUCCUCUGGCAGGUCAUCACUUACUCGUUCUUCACCAUCCCAUCAUCCUGAGCAGAAGCCGUUCGCUAAUAUCACUGGCUGGUUAAAUUCUGUUACCAAUAGAAAAAGUUCGAGUCAUCCCUCAUCUUCUAAUGUGGGAGCGAUAGAAGAGACAAGGGAUCCAUCCAAUUCGGAAGCUGUGUCGGAUACGUUGAGAUGGAAUUCAGAGUCAAGCAAUACAAGGGAUCCUGGGAUGGAAGAAGAUUAUCAGAUACAACUGGCAAUGGAAUUGAGUGCAAGCGAGGAUCCUGAGGCAGUUCAGAUUGAGGCUGUAAAGCAGAUUAGUUUGAGCUCUUGCCCACCCCAGAACACUCCUGCGGAGGUUGUUGCUUACAGAUACUGGAAUUACAAUGCUCUUAACUAUGAUGACAAGAUCCUAGAUGGUUUCUAUGAUCUAUAUGGCAUUGUGUCUGGGUCUACAUCAGAAAAGAUGCCUUCCCUUGUUGAUCUGCAAGGAGCACCAGUGUCAGAUGGUAUCAGCUGGGAAGCAGUUCUGGUCAAUAGGGCAACUGAUUCGGAUCUAUUAAAACUUGAACAGAAGGCUCUAAUGAUGGCUCUUGAGUCCAGGUCAGGAUCUCUUGAUCCUGCAGGUACUGAUAUGGUACAAAAGCUCGGUGCUUUAGUUGCUAACUACAUGGGUGGACCAGUUGGGGAUCCAGAGAACAUGUUGAAAGCAUGGACGAAUCUUAGUAACUGUUUAAGAGAAACUGUAAGGAGCAUGGUGCUGCCUCUUGGUUCUUUGACCCUUGGUCUGGCUCGCCAUCGUGCAUUAUUGUUCAAGGUUUUGGCUGAUUGUGUCGGCAUUCCGUGUCGGUUACUGAAAGGGCAGCAGUAUAUGGGUUCUGAUAAUGUGGCAAUGAACAUUGUAAAGGUUGGUGAUGGAAGGGAAUACAUUGUUGAUCUGAUGGCUGACCCUGGCACACUUAUCCCGUCUGAUGCAGUGGGACCACAUAUCGAAUAUGAUGAACCAUUCUAUGGGGUCAGGCCCUUUCUUAGAGAUGUUGACCUCUCUGCUGUAGAAUCCUCUAGCAGCGGAGUUUACUCGGGAUUUGAGCCUUUUAACGAGAGAUCCAGGUCCGGGGGUCUUGCUGGUAGAGAAAAGAACUACACUGUAGAAGACUAUCCAGAUGAGCUAAUAGGUAUUGAAAAUCCAAGAGUUGGCUCUUCACAGGAACCUCCACCAGAGCCAAUGAAGGGUGAGGUUGUAUCCAAGUUAUAUUCCAAUGAUUCUGAGGAUUCCUCCAAGGUGGAUAAGGUAAUGGCUCCUGGCAGGCCUACCCAUCCUUUUACGCGUGCAAGAUCUCCUUCGUGGACUGAAGGUGUCAGUUCCCCUGCUGUGCGUAGAAUGAAAGUGAAAGAUGUAUCACAGUACAUGAUUGAUGCUGCCAAAGAGAACCCACAAUUAGCUCAGAAGCUUCAUGAUGUGUUGCUGGAAAGUGGUGUUGUGGCACCUCCCAGUUUGUUCACCGAAAUAUAUAAUGAACUGGAAGAUGCCUCAAUUGUUGAAGUAAAGAAACAAACAGAAGAUAAGGAUGAAAAGAAAAAGAGGGGGAACGGAACCCCGCAAGAAAAUCAUGCUGGUGCUGGCCAGUUUUUGCCUCCUGUUCCUUACCAUGGUGUGCAGUCAAAACCAAGUAUUUCAGGCGUUCAAGUGAAGCGUAUAGAGGGUUUGGAUGUCAACCACCCACUUAAUUUAGGCGAAGUGUCUGAACUACCUUAUUCAUCAGGAUCUGAAGUACCUGCUGCUUUGGCUCUGGAGACUUCCGGAGCGAAAUUUGUUCCUGUUGCUGCUGCUGCUGCAGCUGUUGUUGCAUCUUCAAUGGUAGUUGCUGCAGCCAUGUCAAGCAAUGAUUCAAACACUGUACUUCCUGCUUCAGCUGUAGCCACUGCCACUGCUGCGGUUGUAGUUGCAACCACAGCAGCUGUCAGUAAGCAAUAUGAGCAAUCAGAGUCUUGUGUCCCCUUGCCAGGUGGUGCUUCAUGUUUCAACCAACUGGGUAGUGUGCAGCAUGAUGGUGAUGCGGAGGAUGCUGAGUAUGCACCACGAGGAAGUGGUGACCAGGAGCAUGAUGCUUGUGUUGCUCACGCAGAAGCUGAGAGAAAUUCAGACAGAUCAGCAGGUAAUGAUAGUUCAAAAUCUGACAUCGCACUUGAUGAUGUUGCUGAGUGGGAAAUCCCAUGGGAGGAAAUCACCUUGGGUGAUCGUAUUGGACUUGGGUCAUAUGGAGAGGUGUACCGUGGAGAAUGGCAUGGAACUGAAGUUGCCAUUAAGAAGUUCUUAGACCAGGAUAUUUCCGGUGAUGCUCUGGAAGAAUUCGGAAGUGAGAUCCGAAUCAUAAAAAAAUUACGGCAUCCCAAUGUUGUUCUCUUCAUGGGUGCGGUAACACGUGCUCCAAAUCUUUCAAUUGUUACAGAAUUUCUUCCUCGAGGUAGUUUGUAUAGAUUAAUUCACCGCCCUAACAAUCAAUUAGAUGAGCGAAGGCGUUUGAGGAUGGCCCUGGAUGUUGCUAGAGGGAUGAAUUAUCUGCACAACUGUACACCGGUAAUUGUUCAUCGUGAUCUGAAGUCUCCAAAUCUUCUUGUUGAUAAAAAUUGGGUUGUGAAGGUUUGUGAUUUUGGAUUAUCACGAAUGAAACACAAUACAUUUCUCUCUUCGAGGUCAACUGCUGGGACAGCCGAGUGGAUGGCUCCUGAAGUAUUAAGAAAUGAACCUUCAGAUGAGAAAUGUGAUGUGUUUAGCUUUGGUGUCAUAUUAUGGGAGCUCUCUACGUUGCAACAACCUUGGGGAGGGUUGAAUCCCAUGCAAGUUGUUGGUGCUGUUGGAUUCCAGCAUCGGCGCCUUGAUAUUCCUGAAGAUAUGGAUCCAGUUGUUGCAGAUAUCGUAAGGAAAUGUUGGCAAACAGAUCCAAAGAUGCGACCUUCUUUUGCUGAGAUCAUGGCAGCACUGAAGCCAUUACAAAAGCGUAUAACAAAUUCUCAAGUGCCUAGACACAGGGCACCACUAAGCAGUGGCCAGGUGAAGGGGGAGACAUCACUGGGUACAGAAGAGAAAGAAGGCUAAAGGAAUUCAGAAUUAAAUUGCGGUUGGAGUCAUCAACAUUAUAAGUCAGCUAGAGUGACAAAAGUGUGCAUUGUUGUGUCAUUCUGGCCGAUGUUAGGAAGGUUAAUCAAAAGCUGUGAAUAAUCUAUCCAAUGUUUUUUUUUUUUUUCAGGUUCAGGAAUAUGUAAUUCUUUUCUUUUUCUUUCUUUUUUCCCCCACUGGUUUAUUUUUGGCUUGGCUCUGGGUUGUUCUUAAAGUUGUAUAUUUUCUGUAUUGAUCCAUUUAAAUUCUUUAAUCCAUGUUUGGGUUAAAUUUUUCUGAUAAUGACUGUAAUUGUUAAACAAUUCUUUUAAAUAUGCAGCCUUCAGUGAUGUAGCUACAA